AUGGAGUUCAUCCAGUGCUCGGAGCGCCGGGGGACCAACAUCAGAUGCCAUCCAGUUAUCAAAGAAUGGGGCAAGGAUUCGACUAACUACUGUUCGAGGCACCUGGUCAAGCCAGACGCGCCAGUGAAAUACACGGAUCCAAAUGGAGAGAUUCUGGAAGAUUAA